AUAUGGACAGAGUGGUUUCGUCUUUUAUGGCUGCUUUACUCCUUUGUGCAAUCCUAGUGUUUGAUUUGGUGCUAAAUGUUUCUGGCAAUGCCGAAGGUGAUGCCCUGAAUGCAUUUAAGACCAGCGUAGCUGAUCCAAACAAUGUUCUUCAAAGCUGGGAUGCCACGCUUGUCAAUCCUUGCACGUGGUUUCACGUUACAUGCAAUACUGAUAAUAGUGUGACCCGUGUUGAUCUUGAAAAUGCCAACCUUUCGGGUCCACUAGUUGCACAGCUCGGUCAACUCCCAAAUUUGCAGUACUUGGAGCUUUAUACUAAUAAUAUAACAGGAAAAAUCCCAGCUGAAUUUGGAAAUCUGACAAAUUUGGUGAGCUUGGAUCUAUUCGCCAAUCACAUAUCUGGUAGCAUCCCAGGAACAUUGGGCAAUCUGAAAAAACUACGUUUCCUGCGUCUCAACAAUAACACCUUGAGUGGAGACAUUCCCAUGGCGUUGACUACUGUUAAUUCACUGCAAGUCCUUGAUCUUUCAAAAAACAAGCUAAAAGGAGAAAUCCCAACCAAUGGUUCAUUUCUAUCGUUCACUCAACUCAGUUUUAAUGAUAAUCCUGAUUUGAAACCACUAAACGUUACACCUGGGCCAAUUUCACCAACGCCGCCACCAUCUCCUUCAGGCAAUAGUGCUACUAGAACUAUUGUUGGAGUUGCAGCUGCUCUAAUAUUUGCAGCCCUUGCAAUUGCACUUGCUUAUUACUGGAAGAGGAGACCGCAAUAUUAUUUCUUUAAUGUUCCUGCUGAGGAGGACCCUAAAGUUCACCUUGGUCAGCUUAAGAAGUUUCCCCUGAGUGAGCUCGAAGCUGCAACAGACAACUUUAGUAACAAGAACAUUCUAGGUAGAGGUGGAUUUGGUAAGGUUUACAAAGGAAGGUUAGCUGAUGGGUCUCUAGUUGCAGUGAAAAGACUUAAAGAGGAACGAACUCAGGGUGGAGAGUUGCAAUUUCAAACAGAAGUAGAAAUGAUCAGCUUGGCUGUCCACCGCAAUUUGCUGCGGCUGCGUGGUUUUUGCAUGACACCAGCUGAACGGUUGCUUGUGUAUCCUUUCAUGGCCAAUGGUAGUGUGGCAUCAUGUUUACGAGACCGCCCGGAAUCAAAACCCCCACUUGAAUGGCCCGUAAGGAAGCAAAUUGUACUAGGAGCUGCUAGAGGGCUUGCUUAUCUGCAUGAUCAUUGUGAUCUAAAGAUCAUUCACCAGAAUGUUAAAGCUGCCAAUAUAUUAUUGGAUGAGGAAUAUGAAGCAGUUGUUGGGGACUUUGGUUUGGCAAAACUCAUGAAUUACAAAGAUACUCAUGUUACCACUGCUGUGCGCGGUACCAUUGGGCACAUCGCGCCGGAAUACCUCUCCACUGGAAAGUCUUCAGAGAAGACUGAUGUUUUUGGUUAUGGCGUGAUGCUUCUUGAACUAAUAACUGGACAGAGGGCCUUCGAUCUUGCACGACUUGCCAAUGAUGAUGAUGUCAUGUUACUUGAUUGGGUGAAAGGGCUUUUGAAAGACAAGAAACUGGAAGCACUAGUGGAUGCUGAUCUGGGGGGUGAUUAUAAUGAAGAGGCGGCGGAGCAUCUGAUCCAGUUGGCAUUGCUUUGCACACAAAGCUCGGCUAAGGAAAGACCAAAGAUGUCUGAGGUGGUAAGGAUGCUUGAAGGUGAUGGUUUGGCUGAAAAAUGGGAACAAUGGCAGAAAGACGAGAUGCAUCGACGAGAUAAUCAAACCCUUCUCCUCAAUUCUAGUUGGCCAAUCGUGGACUCAGCUUCACAUAUCCCCCCAGAUGAACUCUCAGGUCCCAGAUGAUCUUCUCAACCUUAAUACUACGCAUCAUCUACACAAUCCUUUCAUAACUAUAGAAGAUGGCUCGAACCAUUUGAAAGUGAUAAUAGUCAGGAACUUCGGAGCAUAUGAUUUUCUCUGCAGCUUGUGUUUCUUCCCCUUUGAUUAUGCUGUCCUGAUCCCCCAUUGAUCGUGUUGUGAUUGUUGCAAGAAAUGUAUAAUUGGAACUCUAGUGCAAAAGUGACCAUCGUUUGUGUUGUAUUAUAUGUAGGAAAAAUUAAUGUAUAGAAAAGUGAUGGAAUCUUCUUUUCCUUUUAAAAUUAGGUACACAAACAAAGAUGCAAAUUUUGGGGAUUUCAAAAGCCAGUGCUCUUGAAUUUCAUGGAAA